GGCACUGCGGUAAUAUGGCCCUUCCUUAGCCCGCGGCGGCGGCCCGCGCGGGGACCGAGCGCUCGCGCCUCUCGCCCGGGGAGUUUCCAGCGGCGGGGGGCUCGGGGGGGCCGGGGCUCGGACGCGGCGGCGGAUGCCGGAGGGGGGGUCCCCCCCGCCGCCCGGCGGCCUCCGGGGGGAGAUGAGCGCCUCCGCGUCGGGCGGGGGCCCGGUCCCGCUGCCGCCCCCGGGCCCGGCCGCGGCUCUGCCGCCCCGGCUCCGCCGCGCGGGCCUGCAUGUGGAGCUGCCGUCCCAGCAGCGGCGACUUCGACAUCUUCGGAACAUUGCUGCCCGGAACAUUAUUAAUAGAAAUGGCCAUCAGCUCCUUGACACCUUCUUCACACUUCACCUGUGCAGUACUGAAAAGAUAUGCAAAGAAUUUUAUAGAAGUGAAGUGAUUAAGAAUUCCUUGAAUCCAACCUGGCGGAGUCUUGAUUUUGGAAUAAUGCCGGACUGUCUUGACACAUCUGUGUCUUGCUUUGUGGUAAAGAUCUGGGGCGGAAAGGAGGACACCUACCAGCUGCUGAUUGAAUGGAAAGUCUGUUUGGAUGGGCUGAAAUACUUGGGUCAGCAGAUUCAUGCCCGAAACCAAAAUGAAAUAAUUUUUGGGCUAAAUGAUGGCUACUAUGGUGCUCCCUUUGAACAUAAGAGUUAUUCAAAUGCUCAGAAGAACAUUCUUCAGGUGGAUCAGAACUGUGUUCGCAAUUCUUAUGAUGUCUUUUCUUUGCUACGACUUCAUAGAGCCCAGUGUGCAAUUAAACAGACUCAGGUAACUGUUCAGAAAAUUGGAAAGGAAAUUGAAGAAAAACUAAGACUCACAUCUACAAGCAAUGAACUGAAAAAGGAAAGUGAGUGCCUACAACUAAAAAUUUUGGUGCUUCGAAAUGAACUGGAAAGACAGAAGAAAGCGUUGGGGCGGGAGGCGGCCUCGCUCCAGAAGCAGCAGCUGGCGCUACAGGGCGAAGGCAGCACAUUUUCAACGGAGCACGUCAAGCUUCAACUCCAGAAGGAAUCCCUGGACGAGCUGAGGAAGGAGUGCACUGCCAAAAGAGAACUCUUUCUGAAGACCAAUGCUCAGUUAACAAUUCGUUGCAGGCAAUUACUCUCUGAGCUUUCCUACAUUUAUCCAAUUGAUUUGAAUGAUCAUAAGGAUUACUUUGUAUGCGGUGUCAGGCUACCUAAUUCUGAGGACUUUCAAGCAAAAGAUGAUGGAAGCAUUGCUGUUGCCCUUGGCUACACUGCACAUUUGGUCUCCAUGACUUCCUUUUUUCUACAAGUGCCCCUCAGAUACCCUAUAAUUCAUAAGGGGUCUAGAUCAACAAUCAAAGAUAAUAUCAAUGACAAGCUGACUGAAAAGGAAAGAGAGUUUCCACUGUAUCCAAAAGGAGGGGAGAAGUUACAAUUUGAUUAUGGUGUCUAUCUUCUGAACAAAAAUAUAGCACAGCUAAGAUACCAACACGGACUAGGGACUCCAGACCUGAGGCAAACCCUUCCUAACCUGAAGAACUUCAUGGAGCAUGGGCUGAUGGUCCGGUGAUAGAAUCUCUCCUUUCCCUGGGCCAGCCUCCGUUUGUGAUCCUACCUCCACCUCCCUCAUAGCUGAGAUUAUAUAUAUGAGCAUCUACCCUUGCCAAGCAUCCAUUUUUGUGUGUUUUUAUUUGGGGGGAGGUUUUGUAGGGAGGGAGUACCGAGGUUUGGACUCAGGGCCUUGAGGUAGAUCACCUUUUUCACUCAAGGCUGGUACUGUCAUCCGAGCAAUACCCCCAAUUCUGGCUUUUUUU